UCUCACUGAGCCACUUAAGCCUGGAGUAGGAAAGAUUGAAGUGGGGAGGAAAACAAGCAAGCAGCAGACAGAAAGAGAAGGGACAGGACGAAGCCAUGCAGACAGUGAAGCAGCGCUGCAACGAUGCUUGAUCACUGACCCGCAGAAGACCUUUCUUCCACUUUGACUGGUUUAGGAAUAGAAGACGUCAGCCCUGCGGAGGAGAGUCAUUAUCCCAGCUGGACGAAAAGAGAAAAAGAAAGUGAACUCUUCAAAUGAAAAGGAUGUUCAGAGGGACCAGAUAGAGUAAAGAGAAACAAGUAACAGGUGUCCCUACAAAGGCUGCUCAAACUCUAUCAUCGCCUGAUUGAAACACAAAGAGUCGGAUAAGUCAGGAAACAGACAGAAAGCAGAAUGGCCAACUCAGGUCUUCAAUUGUUGGGUUACUUUCUGGCGUUGGGCGGCUGGAUUGGCAUCAUCUCCACCACCGCCCUGCCCCAGUGGAAGCAAUCGUCCUAUGCCGGAGAUGCCAUCAUCACGGCCGUGGGUCUGUACGAGGGGCUGUGGAUGAGCUGCGCCUCGCAGAGCACAGGACAGGUGCAGUGCAAGAUCUUUGACUCCAUGCUGUCGCUGGACAUCCACAUCCAGACAUGCCGGGCUCUCAUGGUCGUGUCGGUGCUGCUGGGCUUCAUCGGCAUCAUUGUCAGUGUGGUGGGCAUGAAGUGCACCAAGGUGGGAGAUAACAACCCUUCCACUAAGACCCGCAUUGCUGUGACCGGAGGAACCCUCUUCCUGCUUGCAGGUCUAUGCACACUGGUGUCUGUGUCGUGGUACGCCACUCAAGUGUCCUAUCAGUUUUUCAACCCAAAUACUCCCCCCAACGCCAGGUAUGAGUUUGGCUCCGCCCUGUUUGUGGGAUGGGCAGCGGCCAGCCUGACAGUUCUGGGUGGAUCCUUGCUGUGCUGCUCCUGCUCUAAAGACGACAUGCGAGGGCAGCAGUAUUACCGCCAAUCACAGCCUUCCACAGCCAGGGAGGCAGAGUUGUUGAGUGAAACUAGUUUCCCUGACUGAUCAGCCCCUGCCUUUUUAUCGAGGACUGUCCGACUGUCCAACUACUGAAUCCCUACUUUUUUCCCAUUAUCUCCUCCACCCAAAAUUUGGACCUCUGGUUGUAGAUGAGUCCCUCUUUUUGCCUGAAUAUCUGUGCCUUAUGAGUUUAAUGGGUUCCCAGAUGUACUUCCUUCUACAAUUUUUCCCACUGUCUGAGCCUCUUCUGUAAAUAUGGACUCUUAAAGUAUAUGUGAUCACAUCUUUUUCUUUAAAAAAAGAGAUGUCAACUUUCUUCUAUCUCCUCCAUCCCCUCUUCCUUCCUGUUGUUGUCUGAAACUUAACAAUGAAUUAAAACAUAUAGGUUUCAUUUAUGACUUGACUGAAGUCCUGAUGACCUCUGGGUGUUAAAAAUGUGUCUUUUGGGUUUAUUUUGUUUGUUGUAUCUGUACUUUGACUGAAAUGUGUCUUUUUUUUCCCUUUUGAAUUUCAGACCAAAUGUUAAAAGUACCCCACCAGAGAAAAGGGAGCAGUACUUGUAGUUUGGGAGUCUUCUGGCCUUACCAUGGUUUAGGUUCUGUCAACCCUCUCACUGAGGAAUUCAAAACAGACAAGAAUCAAUUUCUGACACGCUUGUUUCAAGCAGUUUGCAUCAACAUAAUUCUUUUCUUUCUUUUGGACAUUAAAGAAAAUGUUUGGCAAAGUUUUAUGAAUUAAAUCUUUUGGGUGGGGGCUUGAAAGAGAAAAUAUCCUUCUCUGUGUUUUUGACUUUGGGAGGGAAGUCAUUCAGGAUAUGUUUUCUGUAACAUGUUAAAAUGCCUAGGUGUAUGUACCACCUACUGUAUUCUUUGUUUUUAUUUACUACAUAUAUAAUGUUUUACUACAGUGCCUUAUAACACAUGUUUGUAUGUAUUUGAGCACAUAGACUGGUUCUGUCUCCCGUCUCGUCUGAGGGACGAGUGUCCACAGCUCCUCUGCCAGCAGUUCUGUAGGCCAUUUCUAUUGUUGGAUUUCUAACAAUGGAUGUGAAGCUACUCUGCAGUACCACUGAUAAAACAAGAAAUGCAUACACUCCAUACAACUUCAAUGUAAUGUCUUAUGCACUGUUUGUUUAAAGCCUGUCUCCAAGCAGCCUGGAUUGAGGAGAAACCAAUUACCUUCACUUGUUUUUCUGUGUCGCUAUGGUUUAGUGUGCAUGACAGAGUUGUCGUAUUUUGGAUUCUAAAGGAUGUACUGUUCUGUGUACUAAGGAACAUCCAUUUACUGUGUGCCCAUCUGAUGCCUGCAUUUAUUCACCAUGCCAGUCCUUUGUCUAAUAUUUUCCUCCUCCAUCUUGUAUAUCAUCUCGUUUACAGUAUACCCAUGUCUAGUAAAAAGAGACAAAAAACGUGAAUUUUGCUCUGAGUCACUGCUUUGUUAGUUUUUUCCUAACUUUUACCCCCUGCCCGACUAUUCGCCCACUCUCCCCACUACUUCCUGCUUUCUGGCUAAAUCCUACUUUUGCACCCUGUUGUUCAAUAAUUGCAGACGUGGAAUUCCACUUCUGCUCCACUGGGCUGUGGCACAUUCUUAAAAAGGUUAACUUGCUCAACAAGGCUGAAAUUUUGUUCUUGUUUUGUUCACUUUAUAGAAGAAAACAUUAAAGCCUUAUCAUGA